AUGUUCAGAAUCAGCGAAGAGGGCUUUGAUAAAAAAGCCUUUUUGGAAUAUGCGAAGGCUAAGGAGGUGGAAUACAACAAAUUGCAGCAUGCGUUGAUAAAGACGCUUGCUAUAAGAACCCGCACCCGAAAGCAGAUUAUUUUUGAGAAAAGGAUCAAAGCUGAACUGAAGAAGUUGCGUGCGCAAAUAAAAGAAUUACGUGCUCAAAUAUGGGUUGCCAGUAACAAAGCUUAUAAAAAGGAAGAUGAGAAAAAGGUGGCAGAGAUGAAAUGCCAUGCUUUCUGCUACGUUGAGUUGACUAAGGAGGUAAAGGAACUUAAUACUACAGUACAUAAGUUCGAAACUGAAAUUGCUCGCGUUAAAGGUGAAAUGCUUGAACUAAAUAAAAAGAUUGUACCCGAUGAGCAGUUUCAGGUCACAAUCGCCAAAUAUAAGAAGCUUCAAGAGACGUUGGAAAAUAAGCUUGAUACAAAUAUACGUCGUGAAGGUGCUGUUGCGGCCGACAAUGCACGUUUGAGGGGAGAGAUAAUCCGAUUGCUCCGUGACAAAACUUACUUCAACGAACAAUACACAAAAUUAGUGGAACGUCUAAAUAGUAAUAAGAAGUACCUGAUUGAUCUGGUUGAUUAUGCUCUCAACAGCUUCACUCAAUGUAUGACAAUUUACGAUAAAAUGGACAGCUUAGUGAUGCAACGAGAUAAGGACUUUGCUGCACGUAAAGUGGAAAUGCAAAAUCUGUUACGCAUAAAAGAAGGCAAGGAUUUUAAAAUGCAGUUCUUAACAGGAAUAUCGACGACGGGCGGCAUUCCGUGCAUUUCAUCAAAAGGAAAUUGCAGAAUGCAAGGAUAUUCUGGCUAG